GCAACCGUUUCUUUUCCUUCAAAAUGUGCUUCAAGAGGUAAACUUUAAUCUUUAAUUUGCAAAACACAGGCAGCAGCAGCACCACACUGUUUCCUGCUCAGUGAGACAAAUCCACAGAACAUCUGUUACAGACAAUUUAUAUUGCAGACACUUAGUUUCAUCAUCUGAGAUCAGGGAUCCAAUAAAACAUAUUCCUGGUGGUCAGCAGUUGCGAAAACUUGUAUAUGAAGAUAGAACAUAAAAAACUCUAUCCUAUAUGCAAAGGUUAGGUCAGGGAUGACAUCAGAGCUCCAUUUAAUAUUCAACAUUGGACAUUGACAUUCACUAAUCAACCUAUGGUGAUUAUUAUUAUAUCAAAGUAGAAACGUAUUUCCAACUUCUCAAGAUCAAGGUAUUAUAAAUCAUGAAACCACUCGUCUGACCAUUAACAGCAACAAAAUGGGAGAAGAAUCAUCAGUGAAGCUGUUUGGGGUUUGGUCCAGUCCUUUCACUUACAGAGUAAUUUGGGCUCUAGAAUUAAAAGGUAUCAAAUAUGAUUUCAAUAAUGAAGAUCUGAGAAACAAGAGUGAAAUGCUAUCAAAGUACAAUCCAGUUCAUAAAAAGACACCAGUUUUGGUCCAUGGAGGAAAACCCAUUUCAGAGUCCUCGAUUAUCGUCGAAUACAUCGAUGAAACGUGGCCGGAGAGUUACCCACUGCUACCCAAGGAUCCAUAUGAGAAAUUUGUUGCCAGGUUUUGGACUAAAUUCAUAGAUGAUAAGUGUAUAAGCAUCGAGACAUGGCUUCUAACAACAGGUGAACAACAAGAGGUAGCCCAAAGUGAAAUUUCAGAAAUGCUAAAAACUAUCGAAGAAGAAAGUGGUCUUGGCAAAAAGAAGUUUCACGGAGGUGAUACGGUUGGACUGGCAGAUUUGGCAAUUGCACCCAUGGCUUACUGGUUGGAAGCAAUAGAAGAAGUAGUAGGAGGGAAAAUACUUGAAGCACAUAAGUUUCCUAAAUUUCAUGAAUGGACUGAAAGCAUUAAACAAGUUCUUGUGAUCAAAGAGAACCUCACAAAGUAUACUGAUUUGUUGGAUUAUAUCAAAGGCUUAAGGGUAAAGUACACAACAGCGUCUUCGUGAUAAUUUUCAUGAGAAAAAACAGUUUAUGUGGUUAAUAUCCUCAUCAUUUUCUUAAAAUCUCUAGUCUCUAGUCUUUUUUACCGCGGGUCUGAAUAAAUAAUCUUGUAUUUAUUUC